AUGGACGCUGUGCAAGCCAAGCUACGAGAUGCGGGUCCCACGGUCUGGCUGGCCGUCGGGGCGGUGGUCGUAGCUAUCCUUCUUCACUUGGUCGGAUCCAAAGACUCUCGCGAACCCCCUUACCUCGAUUCGAGAAUUCCCCUUGUGGGCCAUGUGAGGCACCUUAUCGGCCUCUACAGAUAUGGAGCCAGGUACUUCACCACACUGGACCAGGAACACCACCUCGGCUUAUACACCCUCCCUGUCUUCACGAAUCGGCUGUAUGUGGCUGGCUCGGCUGAAUGGUCCACAGCCGUGAAUAAGCACUCUUCCACCAUCGACCUCUACACUCUAAGCUCUCGGGCCUUGAGUCAGCUAAUGGGCCUGAACAAGGAGUCGAUGGAAAUUGUCAACCACAACCUCCACGGCGACAGGAAGCAGACAGCAGGCAAUAUCAUCUUCACGCUAAAGGAUGUGAUGCUCAAGUCACUGGCGCCAGGCAGAGACCUAGACGAGCUGAAUGACAAGCUCCUGGAUGGCCUGUCCCCUCUCAUCAGUAAUCUCGCCCGAGGCACGAAGUCGGAGAAAAUGAUGUUCUGGGCCUGGGCCCGUCAACAAAUCUCUGAAGUGUCAAUGGCGGCGGCAUACGGAGAGGACAACCCAGUAUCCAGGCAGCCAUCGCUAGUCGAGGACUUUUGGCAGUUCGAUGCCAGUGCUGCAGCGCUGAUGGCUCCGUGGCCCGCAGUAUUUGCGAGAAAGGGCCAUCUCGCCCGAUGGAGGUUCAUCAAUGGGUUCGUCGACUAUGCCGUAAGGGGUGGCUACAAGCAGGCGUCCAAUCUGAUCCAGGUCCGCGCCAGAGAAGCUCUGGCUACUGGAAUGGCAGUCGAUCAAUACGGCCAGCUGGAGAGCAACUUUGCCCCUGGCCUACUGUCCAACACCGUCCCAGCUACUUUCUGGUUGAUCAGCCGCGUCUUUGAGGAUCCUGAGCUUCUCGCCAAGUGUCGCGCCGAGAUUGACCAGUGCCUCGAGAAGGGAGAAGACAACAAGCACGUCCUCAACAUUACAAGGCUGCAAACCCAAUGUCCCCUUUUUGCGAGCGCAUUCCUGGAAACCCUCCGGACUACUGCUCCCCUCAACACCUACCGUUUCAUCCGUGAGGACACUGUCGUGACCAACAACUCGACGCAAGAGAGCUUCCUCCUCCGGAAGGGCAAUCUGGUGCAGCACGCCUCGACCGUCCUGCAUAGCCGCGCCUCAGUCUGGGGCGAGAACCCCGACUCCUUCAACGCCGGACGAUUUCUUCCUCCCAUGGACCCUGCCGCGCCUUUUAGAGAUGCUAAUGGCAAAAUGUAUAGCGGCUCGUUUCGGCCGUUUGGUGGAGGCGUGCACUUGUGUCCUGGUCGGUAUUUUGCGCAGACCUCGAUUCUUGCAGGGGCGGCGCUAUUUAUCGCCGCGUAUGAUAUGGAAAGCGAGCCGGGGACGGGAAGGUAUGUUCCUCCUCCGUUUAAGAACGCCAAGGGAGUCAUGUUCCUGUCCAUUAUCAAGCCGGAUAGGGACGUGGAGGUUUCGUUGAAGAGGAGGGCUGGGUUUGAGAACGCUGAGUUGGAAUUCAGCAAGUCUAGAUGA